CCUUUGGAACAACUUUUCUCCCCCGGUUUAUCAUCAGUUGACUUCUCUCCAGCCAUUCUGCCUAACAGAAAUCUGUAACUCACAUUUACUCCUUAAGAAAACUCCUGAAAUUAUUAUUAUUAUUAUUUUAAAUGUAUAAAAUGUUUGCCCCAGUGAAGGCUCCAUGGUGGGCCAGGAGAGCCGGACAUGGAGUCGGUUCUGUGCUUCAGCUCCAACGACAGAGUGGUGCAUUAUGUCAGGAGGCAGUAAUGAAGAACCUGCGAGUCCAGAUGCCCUCAUGUAAUUUUACACCUGAGACGUACCAGGGUAUGAGUAAGGAGCGGAUGCUGGAGAUCAGGAAGCUGAACUGUAAUGCCAUGACGAUGAAGGUGACGUACUACAAGAAGCCACUUUUUAUCCAUCAGGGUUUCAUGCAGUGGCUGUGGGAUGUGGAUGGGUCACGUUAUCUCGACAUGUUUGCGGGGGUCGCCACUGUCAGCCUGGGACACUGCCAUCCGAAGGUGACAAAAGCUGCACAGGAGCAACUGCAGCGUCUUUGCCACACGUCAGCCAUUUAUGUUUAUCCUGAGAUCCAGGAAUAUGCAGAGAAACUUGUGUCACAUCUGCCUGAACCUCUGAAAGUUGUGUAUAUGACUAACAGUGGCUCUGAAGCCAAUGAUCUGGCUCUGCUGAUGGCGAGAUUACACACAGGAAACUUUGAUGCCAUCACUUUGAGAAAUUCCUAUCAUGGUGGAAGUCCACAAGCGAUGGGUCUGACCUCAAACACAGUGUAUAAAUACUCAGUGGCGUCCGGCCUGGGCUGCUAUAAUACCAUGUGUCCUGAUGUGUUCAGGGGGCCUUGGGGUGGGAGUCACUGCAGAGAUUCACCUAUUCAGACAGUCAGAGAUUGCAGCUGCUCUCAUGAUCAGUGCCAAGCCAAUGGCAGGUACAUUGAGCAGCUGAAGGACGUUCUUGCUACGAGCGUACAUAAUCGCAUUGCCGCGUUCUUCGCAGAACCCAUUCAGGGAUUAGGAGGAACUAUCCAGUACCCUAAGAACUUCCUGAAAGAAGCCUACAAGCUAGUGAGAGAAAAAGGUGGAAUAUGCAUAGCUGAUGAGGUUCAGACCGGUUUCGGACGCACGGGAAGUCACUUCUGGGCUUUUCAGGCCCAUGACGUUGUUCCAGACAUCGUGACGAUGGCUAAAGGAAUCGCUAAUGGAUUUCCCAUGGCGGCUGUGGUCACGAGCGAGGAAAUCGCUCGUACCUUUGCUAAAGGACUUCACUUCAACACUUUCGGUGGAAACCCCCUCGCCUGCAGCAUCGCCUCGACUGUGCUGGACACAAUUAAAGAGGAACGGCUCCAGGAGAACUGUGCCGUAGUGGGAACACAUCUGCUGAAUGAACUCGCCAAGCUGCGAGAUAAGUAUGAGAUCGUCGGGGACGUCCGGGGAAAAGGACUGCACGUCGGUGUGGAGAUGGUUAAAGACAAAGAGAGUCGAGAUCCUCUUCCUUCCGAUGCCAUGAUUAAGAUUCUGGAGGACACUAAGGACAUGGGCGUGCUGAUCGGCAGAGGAGGGAUAUACGGACAGACAUUCCGGAUCCAGCCGCCGAUGUGCAUCACUAAAGACGAUGCCGAUUUCUUCCUCGCCGUGUUCGAUCAGGCACUGCACAACUACACGGAGAGGAGAUGAGCAGCACCAGACCGGCUCUGUUCCAAAUCAGUCCAUUGCCUUUCUUUCCUGCUUAAAACUGACAGAUCUUCACUUAACGCACUAGUUUUGUUCCAAAUCAACCCCUAACCAUUUUCCCCUUCAAUUACACGCGGCUGUUCAGCACUCAGUCGGGCAGUGUUUCAAAUCAAACAAGAUUUCACAGACGGGUUCUGUCCCAAAUCAACCCCUGAUCAUUUCCCCCUUUGUCUAUAGAUGACCACUCAGUCGGGCUGUGUUUCAAAUCAAACGGGACAGCACUGACUUUAGACUGGUUCUGUUCCAAUCCAAUCAUCCCCUAAUCAACUGUUCUACUAAGGACAAUAGUUCAACACUGAACUAGGGAUCUACGCCAAAUCAACUUCAUAUCCACUUCACUUCCCCUACAGAGGACUGAUCACCACGGGGUCUUGCAGCUCAGCCUGGAUCCGUUCCAAAUCAACCCUGAACUAACACUUUCUCGAAGAGUGGACACUGCAGCACUAGAACAUUCUAGGGCUCUUUCUUGGGCUCGUUUAAGUCCACCCCUAACCACUUUCCCUAACCGCUUACAGCACUGCAUCUUUCAACUCAGCGUGGCCUCGUCCCAUUUCACCGUGUCAUACGGAUGGUAACAGACUGCAGUUGAUUUAUAAGAGGGAGUGUUUAUCGUCGAUUAACGCAGCUCUCGUAGUUUAGCGACUCAUUUCGGUGCUGCCGUGUUCACAAAACUAAACACCGAACCUCAGUGCCUUUAGCAGUAUUUAACACCGGGAUCAAUGAAAUAAUGAAAUAAAAGUACGGAAAAAAAAGCCCAGAUUUGUAAAAUUAAAUCAGAUGUUUUUAGAAUGAACAUCGUCUAAAUAAACACGUCAUCUUUUAUUAAAGGA